AUGCGAUCCCGUUCACGUCUCACUCUCUUUCAAUGCGAUCCUGUUUCGUCUCACUCUAUUUCAAUGCGAUCCUGUUCGUCUCACUCUAUUUCAAUGCGAUCCCGUUCACGUCUCACUCUAUUUCAAUGCGAUCCCGUUCACGUCUCACUCUAUUUCAAUGCGAUCCCGUUCACGUCUCACUCUAUUUCAAUGCGAUCCCGUUCACGUCUCACUCUAUUUCAAUGCGAUCCCGUUCACGUCUCACUACCUCUCUGUGAAGGCACUCAUACUCUUCACAUUUCUCUCUCAUACACUUUCCGUUUCUCUCUUUCAUUCUUUGAUUCCAUUGACAUUUCACACUUUCGCUUCACUUUUUCUCUCUCUCUUUUUUUCUCUCACUCUUUUUUUCUCACUCACUCUUUUUUUCACUCACUCUUUUUUUCACUCACUCUUUUUUUCACUCACUCUCUUUUUCUGUCUCUCUCUUUUUCUGUCUCUCUCUUUUUCUGUCUCUCUCUUUUUCUGUCUCUCUCUUUUUCUGUCUCUCUCUUUUUCUGUCUCUCUCUUUUUCAAACACUUUUUCUCUCUCUCUUCAUACUCUCUCUCUCUUCAUACUCUCUCUCUCUCUCUCCAGUCUUUUCAUACUAUCUCUCUCUCUCUCCAGUCUUUUCAUACUAUCUCUCUCUCUCUCCAGUCUUUUCAUACUAUCUCUCUCUCUCCAGUCUUUUCAUACUAUCUCUCUCUCUCCAGUCUUUUCAUACUAUCUCUCUCUCUCCAGUCUUUUCAUACUAUCUCUCUCUCUCCAGUCUUUUCCAUACUAUCUCUCUCUCUCUCUCUCCAGUCUUUUUCAUACUUUUCUCUCUCUCUCUCUCUCCAGUCUUUCAUACUAUCUCUCUCUCUCUCUCUCCAGUCUUUUCAUACUCUCUCUCUCUCUCUCUCUCCAGUCUUUUCAUACUAUCUAUCUCUCUCUCUCUCUCCAGUCUUUUCAUACAUCUCUCUCUCUCUCUCUCCAGUCUUUUCAUAUCUCUCUCUCUCUCUCUCCAGUCUUUUCAUACUACUAUCUCUCUCUCUCUCUCUCCAGUCUUUUCAUACCAUCUCUCUCUCUCUCAGUCUUUUCUUUUCAUCUCUCUCUCUCUCUCUCUCUCCAGUCUUUUCAUACUAUCUCUCUCUCUCUCUCUCCAGUCUUUUCAUACCAUCUCUCUCUCUCUCUCCAGUCUUUUCAUACUUUCUAUCUCUCUCUCUCUCUCCAGUCUUUUCAUACUAUCUCUCUCUCUCUCUCUCUCCAGUCUUUUCAUACUAUCUCUCUCUCUCUCUCUCUCCAGUCUUUUCAUACUAUCUCUCUCUCUCUCUCCAGUCUUUUCAUCCAUCUCUCUCUCUCUCUCUCCAGUCUUUUCAUACUAUCUCUCUCUCUCUCUCCAGUCUUUUUUCAUCUCUCUCUCUCUCUCUCUCUCCAGUCUUUUCAUACUAUCUCUCUCUCUCUCUCUCUCCAGUCUUUUCAUACUAUCUCUCUCUCUCUCUCCAGUCUUUUCAUACAUAUCUCUCUCUCUCUCUCCAGUCUUUUCAUACUAUCUCUCUCUCUCUCUCACCAGUCUUUUUCAUAUAUCUCUCUCUCUCUCUCUCCAGUCUUUUCAUACUAUCUCUCUCUCUCUCUCUCCAGUCUUUUCAUACUAUCUCUCUCUCUCUCUCUCCAGUCUUUUCAUACUAUCUCUCUCUCUCUCUCUCCAGUCUUUUCAUACUAUCUCUCUCUCUCUCUCUCCAGUCUUUUCAUACUAUCUCUCUCUCUCUCUCUCUCAGUCUUUUCAUACUAUCUCUCUCUCUCUCUCCAGUCUUUUCAUACUAUCUCUCUCUCUCCUCUCAGUCUUUUCAUACUCUCUCUCUCUCUCUCUCUCCAGUCUUUUCAUACUAUCUCUCUCUCUCUCUCUCCACUUCUUUUACUAUUUGUCCUUUAUUUUACUUCCACGUUCUCUCUGUCUGAUUUGCCAGUUUAUUUAUCUAUUCUUCAUUUGCUUAUUAAGGAAAACCUCCUUUUUUUUCUCUACCUUUAAAACUAACACUACCACCAUCAUUCGUCCCAUCCACUCCCAUUUUAACCGCUCUCAUUUGUUUUUUUACUUGCAUUCAUACCCCAUCGCUUUCAUAUCUCAUUGUUUUCCUCUCUGUCUAUCACUCCUCCUUUUUCUUUUCAUUUCCCAGUUUUCGCGAUAUCCGUCCCUCUUCUUGCAACACUAUCUACAUUUUUUCAUCUUGCCCGUUUCUUUUAUUUUUUUCUCUUGCCCGUUUCUUUUAUUUUUUCUCUUGCCCGUUUUUUUCUCUUGCCCGUUCCUCUUUCUUUUACCUUUUUUUUUUUUUUUGCCCGUUCCUCUUUUCUUUUCGUUUACGCGUUCCUCUUUUCUUUUCUUUUCUUUCGUUUACGCGUUCCUUUCUCCUUUUCUUUCUUUUGCCCCUUCAUCCUCUUCUUGUUUUCUUUUUUCCGUUCAUCCUCUUUUUUUUUCUUUUUCCCGUUCAUCCUCUUUUUUUUUCUUUUUCCCGUUCAUCCUCUUUUUUUUUCUUUUUCCCGUUCAUCCUUUUUUUUCUUUUUCCCGUUCAUCCUCUUUUUUUUUUUUUCCUGUUCAUCCUUUUUUUCCUGUUCAUCCUUUUUUUUUUUUUUUUUUCCCGUUCAUCUUUUUUUUUUUUUUUUCCCCUUCAUUUUUUUUCUUUUUCCCCUUCAUCCUCUUUUUUUUUCUUUUUCCCCUUCAUCCUCUUUUUUUUCUUUUUCCCCUUCAUCCUCUUUUUUUUUUCUUUUUCCCGUUCAUCCUUUUCUUUUUUUUUCCUUUUUCCCGUUCAUCCUUUUUUUUUUUUUUCCUUUUUCCCGUUCAUCCUUUUCUUUUUUUUUCCUUUUUCCCGUUCAUCCUUUUCUUUUUUUUCCUUUUUCCCGUUCAUCCUUUUCUUUUUUUUCCUUUUUCCCGUUCAUCCUUUUUUUUUUUCCUUUUUCCCGUUCAUCCUUUUCUUUUUUUUCCUUUUUCCUGUUCAUCCUUUUUUUUUUUUUCUUUUUGCCUGUUCAUCCUUUUCUUUUUUUCUUUUUCCUGUUCAUCCUUUUUUUUUCUUUUUCCCGUUCAUCCUUUUCUUUUUUUCUUUUUCCCGUUCAUCCUUUUCUUUUUUUCUUUUUCCCGUUCAUCCUUUUCUUUUUUUCUUUUGCCCGUUCAUCCUUUUCUUUUCUUUUCCUUUUGCCCGUUCAUCCUUUUCAUUUUUUUUUCCUUUUGCCCGUUCAUCCUUUUCAUUUUUUUUUUUUUUUGCCCGUUCAUCCUUUUCUUUUUUUCUUUUGCCCGUUCAUCCUUUUUUUUUUUUUCUUUUGCCCGUUCAUCCUUUUCAUUUUUUUUUUUUUUGCCCGUUUCUCUUCUUCCUUUUUCUUUUGCCCGUUUCUCUUUUUUUUUUUUCUUUUGCCCGUUUCUUUUCUUUUUUUUUCUUUUGCCCGUUUCUCUUCUUUUUUUUUCUUUUGCCCGUUCAUCCUUUUCAUUUUUUUUUCUUUUGCCCGUUUCUCUUCUUUUUUUUCUUUUGACCGUUCAUCCUUUUUUUUUUCUUUUGACCGUUCCUCCUCCUCUUUUUAUUCUUUUGACCGUUCCUUCUCUACUUAUUUUUUUUUUUUUUGCCCGUUCCUCUUUUUUCUUUUUUUUCUUUUUUUUUUUGCCUCUUGUUUUUUUCUUUUUUAGGCGUUCCUCUUUUAUUUUUUAUUUUGCCCGUUCCUCUUUUUUUUCUUCUUUUUUUCCGUUCCUCCUUUUCCCUUGUUUUAUUCUCUUCAGCCCGUUUCGUCUUCCCGUACUUGUUCUACAUUUUUUUUUUUUUUGUUCCGUUUUUUUUUUUUUUUUUUUUUUUUUCCCAUUUUACCGUUUCUUUGUUUUCUUUUUUUUGCACGUCCCACUUUUUUUUUAUUUUGCACGUUUUUUUUUUUUUUUCUUUUCCACUUUUCCUGUUUUUUUCUCUCUUUUGCGUUCUUCCUUUUUUUUCUCUCUUUUUGCGUUCCUCUUUUUUUUUUUUUCUCUUUUUUCCCGUUCCUUUCUUUUUUUCUCCUUUUUGCACGUUCCUCUUUUUUCUCUUUUUUUUCUUGCACGUUCCUCUUUUUUUCUCUUUUGCACGUCCCUCUCUUUUUUCUCUCUUUUGCACGUCCCUCUCUUUUUUUCUCUCUUUUGCACGUUCCUCUUUUUUUUUUUCUCUCUUUUGCACGUUCCUUUUUUUUCUCUUUUGCACGUUCCUCUCUUUUUUUUUCUCUUUGCACGUUCCUUUUUUUCUCUUUUGCACGUUCCUUUUUUUUUCUCUUUUGCACGUUCCUUUUUUUCUCUCUUUUGCACGUUCCUCUUUUUUUUUCUCUUUUGCGUUCCUCUCUUUUUUUUUCUCUCUUUUGCACGUUCCUCUCUUUUUUUCUCUCUUUUUGCACGUUCCUCUUUUUUUUCUCUCUCUUUUUUGCACGUUCUCUCUUUUUUUUCUCUCUUUGCACGUUCCUCUCUUUUUUUUCUCUCUUUGCACGUUCCCUCUUUUUUUUUCUCUCUUUUGCACGUUCCUCUCUUUUUUUUUCUCUCUUUGCACGUUCCUUUUUUUUUUCUCUCUCUUUUGCACUUUGUUCUCUUUUUUUUCUCUCUUUUGCACGUUCCUUUUUUCUCUUUUUUUCUCUCUUUUACGUCUUUUCUCUCUUUUUUUCUCUCUUUUUGCACGUUCCUCUUUUUUUUUUCUCUUUUGCACGUUCCUCUCUUUUUUUUCUCUCUUUGCACGUUCCUCUUUUUUUUUUCUCUCUCUUUUGCACGUUCCUCUCUUUUUUCUCUCUUUUGCACGUUCCUCUCUUUUUUUCUCUCUCUUUUGCACGUUCCUCUUUUUUUUUCUCUCUUUUGCACGUUCUCUUUUUUUUCUCUCUCUUUUGCACGUUCCUCUUUUUUUUCUCUCUCUUUUGCACGUUCCUCUCUUUUUUUUUCUCUCUUUUGCACGUUCCUUUUUUUUUUUCUCUCUUUUGCACGUUCCUCUCUUUUUUUUUCUCUCUUUUGCACGUUCCUCUCUUUUUUUUCUCUCUCUUUUGCACGUUCCUCUCUUUUUUUUCUCUUUGCACGUCCCUCUCUUUUUUUCUCUCUCUUUUGCGUUCUCUCUUUUUUUUUUCUUUUUGCACGUUCCUCUCUUUUUUUCUCUUUUGCACGUUCCUUUUUUUUUUUUUUCUCUCUUUUGCACGUUCCUCUUUUUUUUCUCUUUUGCACGUUCCUCUCUUUUUUUUCUCUCUUUUGCACGUUCCUCUCUUUUUUUCUCUUUUGCACGUUCCUCUCUUUUUUUUCUCUCUCUUUUGCACGUUCCUCUCUUUUUUUCUCUCUCUUUUGCACGUUCCUCUCUUUUUUUUCUCUCUCUUUUGCAACCAUUUUUAUAUCUUUUCUCAUAUCAUUCCUUUCUCUUCCCUAUAUGUUGUAG